UAUUCUGGUCAUGUGAUCAUAACAGUUAGUGACGUUUUACGUAAAUAUGGCGGCCUUCAUGGAAGCAAUGCGUUGUUGAUUAUUCCGUAAACCUUCAAAUUUCACAUUUUUCCCCUCCUCGGACGUCUCGACGGAGAGCUGUGGCGGAGAUGAAGACCUUCUGCGGCAGAGCGAACCCGACCACCGGAGCUUUGGACUGGGUGGAGGAGAGCGAGGAGUACGACUACCACCAGGAGAUAGCCAGGUCGUGUUAUGCUGACAUGCUGCAUGAUCAUGACAGGAAUGACAAGUACUAUAAGGGCAUCCGGGCCGCUGUGUCCAGGAUAAAGGCUCGGGGCGAACGAGUCGUGGUCCUGGACAUCGGGACGGGAACCGGCCUCCUGUCCAUGAUGGCCGUCACUGCUGGAGCGGACUUCUGUUACGCUGUGGAGGUCUUCAAGCCCAUGGCAGAAGCAGCUCAGUGCAUCGUGAAGAAAAACAAUUUCUCUGAAAAGAUCAAGAUUAUCAACAAACACUCGUCAGACGUGACGGUGGGACCAGAUGGGGACAUGCAUGAGAAGGCCAACCUGCUGAUCACGGAGCUGUUUGACACCGAGCUGAUCGGCGAAGGAGCGCUGCCCAGCUACGAGCACGCCCACCAAAAUCUGGUCAAGGCAGGCUGCGAGGCGGUCCCCCACCGGGCCACCGUCUACGCCCAGCUGGUGGAGUCGGAGCUGCUGUGGAGCUGGGCCCAGCUGCAGCCGGCGGAGGUGGAGGGCGCUCGUCUGGUGCCGCCGCCCGCCGUGGGCCGCUGUGCCGGCGCUCACUCAGUUUGUGACAUCCAGCUGAGCCAGGUCUCCCCCAGCAGCUUCACCCCGCUGAGUCCUCUCUGCACCAUGUUCAGCGUGGACUUCAGCAAACCCGUCAGCAGUGCCUUCCGGUCCAACUCCGCCCGGUUCGUGGCUCAGUCUGGAGGCCGGGCUCAGGUCGUGCUGUCCUGGUGGGACCUGGACAUGGAUCCCAGCGGAGCCGUCGUGUGUAGCAUGGCUCCCAGCUGGACGUACCCACAGCCGGCGAUGGCCCCGUGGCGGGAUCACUGGAUGCAGAGUGUUUACUUCCUGCCUGCUGAAAUCCCAGUGGCUGAGCAAGAGGAGCUCAGUCUGACGGUCUGCCAUGAUGACUACAGUCUGUGGUACAGCCUGCAGUCUCACAGCUCCAGCCUCCAGGACGGCCGGGCUCAGACCCCCGCGUCUCGGCCGUGUUGCAUCUGUCAGGCUCACCUGGUUUGGACCCGCCCUCGUUUCGGCGAACUAAACGACAGACGGCGAACGGGGAGCUACGUGGAAGCGCUUCGCAGCGUUCUGAGCGAGGACAGCGUGUGUCUCUCCGUCAGCGAUGCGAGUCUGCUGCCUGUGUUCGCUCACAUGCUGGGAGCCAAGAAGGUGUUCAGCUUGGAAAACUCCAGAAUGUCCAAACAAGUUAUUGAGCAGGUGUUGGAAGCCAACUCGUUGAAAGGAGGAGUGGAGCUGCUGGAGAUCAGGCCUGAGCAGCUCACCAGUCAGGAUCUCAGAGGAGAACAGAUUUCCGUCCUGAUGGGUGAGCCGUACUUCAGCACCAGCCUCCUGCCGUGGCACUCCUUGUUCUUCUGGUACUGUCGGACCGCUUUGGCGGGCCUCCUACGACCCGGCGCCGCCAUCCUGCCCUGCUCUGCCUCCCUGCAUGUGGUUGCUGUGGAGUUCCAGGAUUUGUGGAGGAUAAGAGCGCCGUGUGGAACCUGUGAAGGCUUUGAUGUCACUCCCAUGGAUGAAAUGGUCCAGCGGUCUCUGGAUUUCCGUGAGUCCCGCGAGGCUGAGCCACACCCCCUUUGGGAAUAUCCAUGUCGAGCGCUCACUCAGUCCGCCGCCGUCAUGACCUUUGACUUCACUCAGUGUGUUCCUAAACAGCCAAUCAGCAGCCAGGGCUCGCUACCCCUCAUAAGGACUGGUCGAUGUCAUGGUGUCGCCUUAUGGAUGGAGUACCACCUGACUGAUGAUGUCACGGUCAGCGGGGGUCUGACUCAGCCAAUCAGCGAGCAGGGAAGCUGCGAGUGGAGUCGACACAGGAAGCAGGGCGUCUAUUUCCUGAGGUCGGCGUGGGACAGUUCAGGAGACGGCAGGGCCGCGGUUUCGUACAGCUUCACGUUUGAGCCCAGCUCAGGAGACAUAAAGAUGGACUUUAGCAUCGCAGGUCCGUGACGUGAAACUCCGUCACUGAACAAAGAAGUUUUACCUCGACUCUCUUGCUUUGGAGCGCAUUUAACAGUGUUUACUAUUGCUGUAAUGAUCGAAGUUACCGUUUGCCUUUUUAAUGAUACGCAAGUAUCUGAGGAAGUCUCAGGGCCAAACAGGCUUUGGUGUCGACAUAUAAUCUACAUAAAUUAUCCUGGACUAACAGACCAACUGUUAAACAAAGCCAA